AUGGCAAAGAUUCAGGAUGUUAGUGGUAUCCAGCAGAUAUGGGACAAUAUGAAAGACCACAAGAAGUUCCAAAUGAUGAAGAUUUAUGAAUCUAUUAUGGGGAGUAAUUCCAGAACUGAUUGGUAUCAUUUGAUGAGCCACAAUAUUGCAAGGCCUAGAGCUAAAGUGAUAUUAUGGCUUGCUAUUCAAGAUAGGUUGGCCACCAAAGUGAGGUUACAUCGGCUUGGCUUGCUACAAGAUAUGAUGUGUAGUCUUUGUUUGGCGGCGGAUGAGAACACGACUCAUUUACUGUUUCAGUGCAGCCACACUGUGGGGAUUUGGCAAGCGCUUUUAGACUGGCUGGGCAUAAAAGUUGAUACGCCCAUUGAUUUUCAUUGGAUAAAGCAGGUCACCAAAGGAAAAGGGAAGCACAAGGGGUUGCUAAAAGCUACCAUAACUGAAAUUGUGUAUGGCAUUUGGAUGUAUAGGAACAAAAGAAUUUUUGAAGGCGUAGGGACUAAUAGAGAUAUACAACAUGUGACUAAGGAUGUCAUUGAUACUAUAGUGUAUAGAGGGUGGCUUAAUCCCACCUAUAGAAAGAUUAUAGUCAACUACCUUAUGUAA